GAGAGAAUGAAUAUGUCAGCUCCCAACUAUAGUAGCAGUGGCAGCAAUCGUUUUGGAAACAUUGUAUCUAAAUAAAUAAAUAAAUAAAUAAAUAAAUAAAUACAAUUAUAAAAAAUGUCCUGUCGCAACAACUUCAGUGCCGAUUCCUUGCUUGGGUCUCCUUACCGAGGUGAGAAUUAUAUUUCUAAUCCGGGUUUGUACACCGUGCAGCCAGGUUCCGAAUACAGCUGCGGGGUGAUGAGAACCCGUGGGAUUAUCCCGGCUCCGCUUUCCAAACACGACGAUGUCAGCUCCGCCAGCCUGGCCAUAAACACCCACCACCCAUCUUACCUAGCUCAGCUUGACGACUGGGGCGACUCCAGACCUUCCAGGAUCGAGGAACCUGUUACCAGAGCGCUUCUGCCCUGCUCGUUCCCAAACAGCGUCAAAGAGGAGACUGCAUGCUGUAUAUACGGGGUCAAGACUGGGGCGAAGGAGGCGACCGACCAGCCGGCCACUUACACCCGACUGGGAGCCGUCGAGACUUGCCACGCAGAGCUCGAAGUACCCGUGCCCAGGUAUUUCCGAGUCACUCAAGAUUAUCACCCCUUGGAAAAGAGCCGGGGCGGCGUGCAGAAUGACUUUGGAGCAGGUUUCGCUGCCACCACCGGGGCAAGCCUGCCCACCAACCACGGGGGAUCCCCGGCACACGUCACAGAAAAUGGCAAAGACCCGGUGGCAUCGGAAAUCAAGAGCGAGGACGUGGCCAUGGCAAAAACAUUGACUGCAGCGGGGAAGGGACCAGUGAGCAACUCCAGCACGGAUAACUCGGAAAGCGAAACUAAAGGCGAGUAUGAAGAGAAACAAGAGGAGAGAUGUGCCGGAAGUUGGCUGACAGCUCGCAGCGGAAGAAAGAAAAGAUGCCCCUACACCAAACAGCAGACCCUGGAGCUGGAGAAAGAAUUCCUGUUUAACAUGUACCUGACUCGAGAGCGCCGCCUAGAGAUCAGCAAGAACAUUAACCUCACAGACCGGCAAGUCAAGAUCUGGUUUCAGAACAGGAGAAUGAAACUGAAAAAACUGAGCCGGGAAAGUCGCAUCGGAGAACUGUCAUCCGCCUUAACCUUUACAUGAGAUACGAAUCUGGGGAGAAAGGGAGAAGGAGAAGGGGAAGAGAUAAAGAGAGGGAGAGGGGGAGUGAGAAGAAGCUAGCGGGCAAAGUCCAUAUUCAGGAUAGUAAUAAUAAAAAAAGCCCUCGAUUAAUGGUUGACAGAUGCUGUGAUUCAUACUGAGCACAACAAGAACAAACAACUGUAUAGCGGACUAGGGAAAUAGGAAUUCUCCUUUCCGUGUUAAAAAAAUAAAUAAACACGAAAAAAGGAUGUUAUGUGAAUGUUGAGGUUUGUAAUGAAACCAUAAAACCAACCGCUUUUACAGGCACGGGCUGGAGAAAUACUUCCCCUAUUAAAUUAUAUUAAUUGCAUAUUGUAUUACAGAAGAGUGAAAUGUUUUUUUUUUAUUUCUCUGUAAAAUUGUAUUUACUCCCCCACCCCCAGAAAAAAAGAUAUAUAGAUCUGGAGGAUGUCCCUUUUUGUGAUCUAUUUGUGUUCUGUGUGACUCUGUGCAUGUAUACCUCGAUUCACCGAGCAAAAAAUAUCAUUAAAAACCCACACACAAGAAAAAAAGAAACAAAACAAGCAUU